UCAUCCUCAAAACUAUUGGUGUUCGGAUCUGACGUGAGUUCCUUCUACAUGCAAGUCAUCUCAAAAGGUCUCGAGACUUCUCCUCUCAUCACGCUCCAAUUCACCAAAUCUCUUCCAUUUCUUCGAGACUAAUCCAAGCAAUUCCCGUCGGGUAAUCCGGUAAAAAAAGGCGGCUUCUGUUCAUAGAUUUCACUGAAUUGAUUCGACAGACUUUGAUUUGGGCGAAACGGGUUCCGUCGAUUCUUGAGCAUUUUGCUUAAUUUUGGUCAAAUGGAUGUAGUUACCGAUGGAUGAAAGCUGAGGGGCUUUCGAUUGUGACAAAAGGGUUUCGUUGAUUUUUGGUAAAUCUAGAGAUGGUAGGAACAGCGGAGAAGAUGAUACGUGAUCCGAACCCGACCAGUUCCGCGGAAGACAGGCUUGAUGAGAUUCGUAGGCUGAUGGGCAAAGCCGACAAUGAUCCGUUGAGGAUUGCGUGUGUCGGAGCAGGCGCUUGGGGCAGUGUUUUCACUGCAAUGUUGCAAGAAUCUUAUGGCCAUCUUAGGGGAAAGGUUCUGGUGAGGAUUUGGAGAAGACCCGGUCGAGCUGUUGAUAAAUCCGUCGCCGAGCAUUUGUUCGAAGUGAUCAAUUCGAGAGAAGAUGUGCUGAGAAGGUUGAUUGGUCGAUGUGCGUUUCUAAAGUAUGUAGAAGGAAGGUUAGGGGAUAGGGUUUUGUCUGCAGAUGAGAUAUUGAAAGAUGGGUUUUGCUUGAAUAUGAUAGACACUCCUCUCUGCCCGUUGAAGGUCGUGACCAAUUUGCAGGAGGCCGUGUGGGAUGCCGAUAUCGUGAUCAAUGGCUUGCCCUCGACUGAGACGUUUCAGGUUUUCAAGGAGAUUAGCAGGUACUGGAAAGAGCGGAUCACGGAACCGGUCAUUAUCUCGUUGGCUAAGGGCGUAGAAGCCGAGUUAGAUCCUCACCCUCGGAUCAUAACCCCCACUCAAAUGAUCAACCGAGCAACUGGUAUUCCGCUCGAGAACAUUCUCUAUCUCGGAGGGCCUAAUAUCGCCUCGGAGAUAUUUAACAAGGAGUACGCCAAUGCACGGAUAUGUGGGUCCGAAAAGUGGAGGAAGCCUUUGGCCAAGUUCUUGAGGCAACCUCACUUCAUAGUGUGGGAUAAUGGCGACCUCGUCACGCAUGAAGUAAUGGGUGGCUUGAAGAACGUUUAUGCCAUCGGCGCUGGGAUGGUGGCUGCUCUAACGAAGGAAAGCGCUACCAGCAAAUCGGUUUACUUUGCGCACUGUACUUCAGAGAUGAUAUUUAUCACUCAUCUACUGGCCAAGGAGCCCGAGAAACUUGCCGGGCCUUUGCUCGCUGAUACAUACGUAACUUUGUUAAAAGGCCGCAACGCGUGGUACGGCCAACAGCUCGCCAAAGGUGAACUCAACCUUCAAAUGGGCGACAACAUCAAAGGCAAAGGAAUGAUUCAGGGGGUCUCGGCCGUGAAGGCGUUCUUUGAGCUGUUAAGCCAGUCCUCGUUGAGUCUUCAACACCCCGAAGAGAACAGACCCGUUACCCCCGCCGAGCUCUGUCCCAUCUUAAAGAUGCUAUACCGAAUCCUUAUUACCCGGGAGUUUCCAUGCGAGGCGAUACUUCAGGCGCUGAGGGAUGAGACGAUGAACGAUCCGCGCGAACUGAUAGAGAUUGCUCAGAGCCAUCUGUUCUAUCAGCCGAUGCUUCUUGGCCAGAAACCUUGAUUUCCAGUCUCCUCCGCAACUUUUAUUACACAGGUCUGCUGUGUGUCGGAACAAAGGUUUCAUGUUCUUCUGGUUUAAGAAUUCAUUCUCCAUCUCUCUGCUACUAGAUUCGGUUGCCUGUGUGAGUUUUUUGUGCACAAAUCUUUGCAGGUUCCUUGUUGAUCUGUGACUUGUAAUUUCUAUUGACAAAUCAAAUAGGUUAGAUUCUGUUUCUAUAAAAAUUUAAUCAAAAGUGCUUUAUGGAAAA